AUGGAAGGGUAUUUAGACAAAGGCCAUGUUAUCUACGCUGACAAUUUUUAUAACUCACCGGAUCUAACAAGGCGUCUUAGUCAAAGGAAAACGUGCAUAUGUAGUACUCUUCGAAAGAUCCGCAAGAACCUUCCUCUAGACGUAGCCAACGCUAAGUUGAAGCUUGGCGAAAUGGCUGCAAAAGUAUGCAAUGACAUUACUGUUUUAUUAGAGAGCGGCGACGAGCCAGCGGCAUGUACUAGCCGUAGGACUCUGGUGCUCGCGAACCAUCAGAGCACGGCCGACGUGCCCAUGCUGAUGGCCGCUUGGAAUCCACGCCCUGGCGUGCUGUCCAACCUCAUGUGGAUCAUGGACCGCGUGUUUAAGUUCACCAACUUCGGGAUAGUCAGCGUCUUGCACAAGGAUUUCUUCAUACAAGCGCAUAAUUACAAACAUGCGUCGGUUCACGUGUUCAUGUAUUGUUCGUGUAAUGAAAUUUAUCGGGACAUGCAUCCAGCGCGCUUUAACAAGCUCGCCGUUGGACGCCUGUCCUCGACGCCGGUGAUGGAUAAUGAAUAA